CCGCCUCUUCCUCUCGGUCUCAUAUUGAACCCGAGUUGGAAGAGGCGAGUCCGGUCUCAAAAUGGAGGUAAAACCGCCGCCCGGUCGCCCCCAGCCCGACUCCGGCCGUCGCCGUCGCCGCCGGGGGGAGGAGGGCCAUGAUCCAAAGGAACCAGAGCAGUUGCGAAAACUGUUUAUUGGUGGCCUGAGCUUUGAAACUACAGAUGAUAGUUUAAGAGAACAUUUUGAGAAAUGGGGCACACUCACAGAUUGUGUGGUGAUGAGAGACCCCCAAACAAAACGUUCCAGAGGCUUUGGUUUUGUGACUUACUCUUGUGUUGAAGAGGUGGAUGCAGCAAUGUGUGCGCGACCACACAAGGUUGAUGGUCGUGUAGUGGAACCAAAGAGAGCUGUUUCUAGAGAGGAUUCUGUAAAGCCUGGUGCCCAUCUAACAGUGAAGAAGAUUUUUGUUGGUGGCAUUAAAGAAGAUACAGAAGAAUAUAAUUUGAGAGACUACUUUGAAAAGUAUGGCAAGAUUGAAACCAUAGAAGUAAUGGAAGACAGGCAGAGUGGAAAAAAGAGAGGAUUUGCUUUUGUAACUUUUGAUGAUCAUGAUACAGUUGAUAAAAUUGUUGUUCAGAAAUACCACACUAUUAAUGGGCACAAUUGUGAAGUGAAAAAGGCCCUUUCUAAACAAGAGAUGCAGUCUGCUGGAUCACAACGAGGUCGUGGAGGUGGAUCUGGCAACUUUAUGGGUCGUGGAGGAAACUUUGGAGGUGGUGGAGGGAACUUUGGCCGUGGUGGAAACUUUGGUGGAAGAGGAGGCUAUGGUGGUGGAGGUGGUGGCAGCAGAGGUAGUUAUGGAGGAGGCGAUGGGGGAUAUAAUGGAUUUGGAGGUGAUGGUGGCAACUAUGGCGGUGGUCCUGGUUAUAGUAGUAGAGGGGGCUAUGGUGGUGGACCAGGAUAUGGAAACCAAGGUGGUGGAUAUGGUGGCGGUGGUGGAGGAUAUGAUGGUUACAAUGAAGGAGGAAAUUUUGGCGGUGGUAACUAUGGUGGUGGAAACUAUAAUGAUUUUGGAAAUUAUAGUGGACAACAACAAUCAAAUUAUGGACCCAUGAAGGGGGGCAGUUUUGGUGGAAGAAGCUCGGGCAGUCCUUAUGGAGGUGGUUAUGGAUCUGGUGGUGGAAGUGGUGGAUAUGGUAGCAGGAGGUUCUAAAAAUUCAACAGAAAAGGGCUACAGUUCUUAGCAGGAGAGAGAGCGAGGAGUUGUCAGGAAAGCUGCAGGUUACUUUGAGACAGUCGUCCCAAAUGCAUUAGAGGAACUGUAAAAAUCUGCCACAGAAGGAACGAUGAUCCAUAGUCAGAAAAGUUACUGCAGCUUAAACAGGAAACCCUUCUUGUUCAGGACUGUCAUAGCCACAGUUUGCAAAAGUGCAGCUAUUGAUUAAUGCAAUGUAGUGUCAAUUAGAUGUACAUUCCUGAGGUCUUCUAUCUGUUGUAGCUUUGUCUUUUUCUUUUUCUUUUCAUUACAUCAGGUAUAUUGCCCUGUAAAUUGUGGUAGUGGUACCAGGAAUAAAAAAUUAAGGAAUUUUUAACUUUUCAAUAUUUGUGUAGUUCAGUUUUUCUACAUUUUAGUACAGAAACUUUAACAAAAUGCAGUUUCGAAGGUGUUUCCUUGUGAGUUAACAAGUAAAGAAGAUCAUUGUUAAUUACUAUUUUGUAUGAAUUUUGCUAAAGUUAACUGUAAAGAAACACCUGCUGACUUGCAAUUUAAGGGGAAUCUAUUCUCCUCAUUUCCAAACCAUGAUACGAAUGGGCGCUGACAUGUGGAGAGAAUAGAUAUUUGUAUGUUUGCAAUGUGUGUUUUAGAUAACAACUAGGAUUGGGUAUUUAAAUUAGUAUAUUUGUGAAUUUAAUAGUAUUAAGUUUUACCUUCAAUGAAAAAACUCAAAAUUCCUAUUUGGUUUUUGUGCAUUUUCUUUAAAAAUGUAAUCAGAUACGGUUUAGUGUGUUAGCAUUGCUAAGAGUCCUAGUUGUGUUUAGAAGAUAUACAUUUACUUUGGUCACAUUUGAACUGCUGCCAUAAUUUUAUUUGGGUGCAAAAAAUGUCUGCUGCCCUCUGCUUAAAUUCCGGAAUGGGGUAGUGGAUUUUUUACCCUUUCUUCCUACUUUAAAAACCAUUCUAAAAAUUAAUACAGACCACUAAGCCUGCUUUACCCAAGCAAAUUAGUGGCUGCCUUUUUUAAAAAAUUCUUUUUGAAGCACAAGAGGCUUAUGAAUCUUCAGUUCUUUUCAUUGGUUUGAUUUUUUUUUUUUUUUAAAUUGAUACCAGCUCUCAGAGCAAGAGAAUAAAAAUCAUGCGUUGUUGAACCCUUUACUGGCUGGUAUGUUUUCCUGUUUGCACUCUAUACGUAAUGCAUCUUACUGGAUGAAAUCAAGGAUAGUCUAGGUAUAAUCCAAAAUAACUUACUGCAGCAGAAAUGUAGCACAGUUGCUUAGUACAAGCUUCUCACUUCCGAAAGACCUGAAUUCAAAUUUGGAUAAUCUGAGUUUUUACUCUCACGUAAAUUCCCAAGGAACACACUGUUAUUCCACAUGUAUAUUUCAACCUAAAUCAUGUUGGUAUGUGUUGGAAGACCCUGGUUGAGAAGGGUUUUAGGUAACAAGGUCAUAUAUACAAAAACCAAUGUCUGUUUUGCACCAGUUAGUGCUUAACAAUUUCAUUUGAGCCCUAAGUAUGUGCCCUGCUGUUAUUUUUUCUUUGACAGUUGAACAACGAAUUCAGAUUCUUUUAAGAAGUACUAAGCAAAACAAGCAAUAAAAAGGGGAAUGGGGCGUGCUAGUGUUUGAAUAUGCUCUAUCUUAUUGCUCUAAUUCUGUGCCUCUGUGCAUUAUUAAUACUUGGAUGCAUGCAAUGUCAGCAUGGAAAUCGGUCUUCACAGAUACUACAGUUUUCCAGAAAACACUCACAAACCAAUAAAUGUAACAGACAACAUUCCAUUUGUUAAUGGGCAUAAUGUGAAUAAGCAGUGUAGAAAAUAGGCUGAUAUUAGAAAAUGGUUAAGUCCUUAACAACUCUAAGUGUGUUUUUAUAAUUGGACACUGUCAAUGUUCAUAACAUAAACCUGGGUACCUGGUCAAAAUAAUGCUUGGGAAGCAUUUUAUUAAAAUUAAGCUAAAUUGUCUCAAGUUCUUUUAUUCGUACAAUAAAGGUUGAAGGAAUGAGGGGAAGGGAUGAACAUUUCCUGUUUUGAUGUUUGUGAAAUUGUUUGACACAACCUUGACAGUAUCCUUUCAUGGCAUAUGAGGUUAAUUGUUAACAAACUUUCUGUUCUGGAACUAGUGGAAUAGUGAAAACGUUUUUAGUAAGUCGAUGUUUGCGACCUAUAAGCAGGUGAAGUCUGUGUAUGUGACCUGUUUAUAAGUUGUAUUUAGCUUAGUUCUUGUGAAGAGUGGAAAAGUAAGCCAUGAGGAGAGCGAUUUAACCAGCUUUAAAGGACCUAAGACAUGCUUUUUAAGCACAGUGUGGAUCAAAGGAAACUCACUAAGACAGGACUUCAGCAGCCUUUUGAGUAUGGACAAGUCAGCAUAAAUAAAGAAUGACAAGGCAGCAGCAAGAGCUUCAACUACAGAGAAGUGAAGGCAUAAGAUACUAUGGUGAUAGUGAGCAACUUUCCAAAGGCUAGUUAAAUCUGCUUAUUACAACUGAAAUAACGAAGAAGGUCUAGCAGGAGCUCUUCGCCUUUUGGAGCAUCAAUGAGAGAUAGUUCCAACAGUCACUAGGUCUAGCAUUUAGACCUGCAAGGAAGGGCAAUAAGCAUUAGGUAAGGCUUGAAUUUGAUUUUUUUCACUAAUUAAAGAGUAAUUUUUUGUAAAGCAAGGUAAGAGUAAUUUUUUUGAUUUGCAGGUUGAAUGAGAAAACCCUACUUGCCUAUAUGAGGAAUGUCUUUCCUACCAUCUUAUAUACGAAGGUUUCUGGCUGGGUAAGGUUUGUAGCUUACAGUAAAACCUGAUGACACCAUUUGUUUACCUACAAAUUUAAUCUAUAUUACAUAUUUUGAAAUUUAAUUCGUCCCUCUGCAGUAGAUGCAUUGGCAAAAAUUCAUCAGCUGAAUUUUUUUUUUUUUUUUGAACAAUCUCAAACAUGAAAAUCUUAAAUGGGUUUUUUUAAUUCCCCUGCAGUUGCCAUGAGGGUUCAUCUUGAGUCAGAUGUGGCCCUUUUUCUUAAGUUCAUAGCUUUAGGGUAUACUCAGUUUUGGUAAGGGAAAGAUAGAGUGACCUCCAAUUUUGUGAAAAGUUUAGUAAGAGUGACUUUUAACAAAAAUAUUAAGUUGUCAAUCCCCAUUCUAGGAAAACAUCUUGGAAUGAACUUAGAAAAUUGUCAGUUUAUGUAAAUACAAAGAGGAUCUUUUGUCAAGUGGCCUCAUACAUACAUACUCUUGAAUUAAAUUCAAGGGACUAUUUGGACCAAUAGGAUGAAUUUUUGGUUCUUUUUUUUUUUUUUUUUAACAUGUUAACCAGAAACAGUCAAGUCUAAUUACACAAAUGUUCCAUUUUAAUACCCUUUUCCAAAGGAUAAUGAAAGUAUUAAUUACCAUUCAAAUCAAUUGCUGAUUUUCAUAAGGGCUAUUUUUGCUGCCCAAAAGGGCAUGUUAAAAAUUUAGGCUUAAUAUAACUCACCUCUUUUAAUUAACACUCUUGGAGAACAAAUGUUCAAAAUAUAGUUUCUAAAUUACAGGUUAGGUUCCUACAUAAAAUUGUAUCAAUUUGCCACAGAAUUUAUUCUCAGAAAAUGACUGGUUGGUUUUGUUUCUGUGUCAAAAUCAGGACUGAUUUCUUUCACAUCACCAUAGAACGAAGUGUGUUGGAUAAGGCCUUUUAAUGACAAACACAUGACAUUUUAGUGAAGCAAAUUUCCUAAGAUACGGAACAUUUUUCUUUUAAAGGUGGUGUUCUUUCCUGUCUGUCUCUUUUCUUUAUGGAAUAAAAUGAUUUUAUAUGAAUGUAGUUCCAUUGUCAUUUCUGAAAAAUCCGAUGUCUUAAAUCCUUUAAGUUGGUAGCAUCAGAAAACAAAGCUAUGAGGGGAAAAUGAUCAAGGUAAACAUUUUAAUGUUAAUCCAAGUUGUAGGUUACCACUUCUAAUACAUUUCAUUUUUAAAAGCUCAAUUUACACCCAUUCUAAAGGAGAAUAUUUUCGUGUGGUAAUAAAGACUUUGUUAAGGGAUUGAAUAAUUUAAAUAGGCUUGGUUUUUAUGGGUAUAUACUAGUUGCAAUCUGAAACAUUUCUAAAGAGGCAUCGCUGGAGUUCCAGUAAUGUCACAAAGUAGUGACUAAGCAUGCUAGUGUGGAGGGGUAAUUAAGGGUCGUUAGCCUAUCUGAAUACCUAAAUUCCUUUUAAAACUUGAGGAUGUUUACUGAUUUUUUUAAGACGUAAGAGGUGGUCUGUAAUGGAUUCAAAUGUUUCGUUUGUAGUAUAAUGAAAUGUUUACAGAAAGAUAACUUUUUCAUUAAAAUAUUUUUAGAAAUGUGUGUGUUUUGUCACUUCACAAUGUUCAUGUGAUAUAAAUGCUAUAGGUGAAUAUUAAAUACAUUAUUAGCAAGCAGUGAAAUAAAAGGGAACUUGGAGUGAGCCUUACGUAUCAGUCAUUUAAAAAGAUAUGUCAAUUCCAUUUGGUAGAAAACAUAGUUGCCAUGGGAAAUAGGCGUGGAAGAAUAAUGGGUACUAUGGAACAGUUGAAAGUUUAGAAUCACUUAGCAUUUGUUGCUUAAAAGGAUUUGGGUCUUGAAAGAAUAUAUGAGAUACUUGGGUGACAUGAAUCCUUUGGAGGGAAAGAGUAGUUAGGAUAAUUAAGCAGGAGAAACAGUGAAACAAGUUGGGAAAAAGGUGAAAGGGGAUUCCAGACAUUGAGAGGGGAAAGUUCAGUCAUUUCAGUUUGCCCUUUAUUGGAUGUACUUCAGGAUGAUUGUGAUAACACUGAAGCAGAGUAGUAUCAAACAAUAUGAAGCCACUUGUUACCACUUCCAGGUUAAAAAAACCCUUAACCUGAGCGAACUCACUGCCCUUUACUGUAUUACGCAACUAACCACAGUUCAAUGAUUUCCUGUCAUAGAAAAUAACUUGUAGGAGUUCUUUAGGUCUCCAUUUUCUAGACAGUGUCUUAUGAUUGUCAGCAGUUUCUCAAGCAUACCUACAAGUAGACAUUUUCUUGAGAAUGACUGCCAAGGUUGUGCUCCCACCAAGCUUUUUUUCUGAGUUUCGAGUGCUCCCAUCAUUAGGUCUCACCCAAAUAACUUAUUUUUCUUUAACAUGGACUGUCUUCAUUAUGCUCUCCUCUUUCCAACUUCAUAGUAGCAAUUCAGAAUGUACUAAAUUUUUGCUCACUAAUUUUUAAAUCUGCUGUAAAUGACCUCUUUAAAGUGUUAACAAAAAUGUCACUAUGACUAAGGUGCCUGACCCAAACAAUAUCUUUAAAAAAAUAUUGUUUUAGGUGAAAGUUUACAUAGCAAGUUAGGUUCUUGUUUAACAUUUUUUAUGCAGCUUGUACUGUAGCAUUGCUUAUAUUUUUCACGUAUGUCAGCAUUCUCAUUCUGUCCCGUUUCCAUUUAUCUAGCUUCCUUGCCCUCCAUGUUUAGGGUAAAUGUUGACUGGUCUCAUGGUUAAUAGUGAAUGGGUGAUACAUAUUUUAUAAGCUAAUUAUUUUAAUGAAAGGUGACCGCUGGGAGUGGCCUCAAUUCCAAGUUUAAACGGUAUUUCUAGUUGUUGGUCCGGUAAGUCUGGCCAUUUUUUGGAAUUUGAGUCUUCUACUUUUUUAUCUGUCUUUUUAUCUGUUGUGUCUCUGGUCAGAUAAUCAUCUUUUAUGCCCUCAUUUAAUAGGUAGAGGAAGAAGAUGCAAUUAGGUUUUAGUUGGUCUCUUCAUUCUUCAUACAGGGUUUUGCCUGUCAGUGAGAAACGUACAUACAAGGUUUUAGUAGUUUGUGAUCUUGAGCAAGUUACUUGGGUUCUUACAUGCUAUGUUCCCCUUUUGGCCAUUUGGUGACACCAACACACCCCUUAGAAUAGUGAUUGUAUAUGCAUAAAAUGUGUACAGUUAUUAAGACAUCAAAAUGAAAAGUUUUGGUUUAGUAAUGUGCUUUUAAACAUUAAAUGAGGCAGGACUGGGCAACUUUUUGAUCUACACAAGGUUGCUGUGAGUCAGCUGACAGCAACUAAUAAUGGUGGGUCUAACUUCAAAGUUGUGAUGCAUAAAUGACAAUUUUGAGAUGAUUUACAAUGCUGAUGAUGGUUUAAUGGUAGUCACAAGUACUGUGAAUACUACUUGUUUGCUUAUAAUGCUGAUUUUCAGUGAAAAUAAAGAUGUAACUUUCUCAUCAAAAUUCUAAGUUCUGCCCAGGUAGCAACUGUUUAUACCCAUUUCCUUUUUUGUAAAAUGGAGAUAAUGCCAACCCUCAAUUGGAGCUUAGCUUAGUGCCUGCCUGUCCUAGAGUCUCUAAAAAUAGUAUAUUUGGUAAUAAAGAUGGGUCUUGGUAUGCUGAAGCAAACCAAAUAUUUUAAUGGGUAUGUUAUUUAUGCCAAUAUCUUUUUUUGUUUUUUCCUUUUCGACAGAUAGGAUUGAAGUUUUAUGGUCUUUAAAUUUUUUUCCAGUUCUCAAGAAUUUCAGUUCAUCAACUGAAAAGUGAAACUGGCCUGAUAAAUACAUUUGGAAAAGAGAAUUACUGUUUCUUGUAUUAUGUUCCUGAGGCUUAAUGGCAGGUACAUUUGAACAGUGCCCCCGAUUCCCUCAAAAGCAUGGGCCUGAGAAGAAAUCUAUGUAAGAAAAUGGGUUUUAUGUAACGUGCAGUAUCAUGCAGUUAAGAUUUCUGAUACAAUGCUUGACAGCUUCUCAACAUAAAAGGCAUAAGGUACAUAUUUUGAAACUACAGAAUCGAACAAGUUAGGCACAGCUCAGAUAAGGUUUAUAUCAGUUGAAUAGCUAAAUUUAUUCCAAAGGCUGGUAUAACAAGCUCUAUUACCUGGAAUAUUUCAAACCCAGAUCAAGAGAAAUGAGCCUUUUUAGAUAAGAUUUGUAACAAGUUUAAAGUUACAUAAUAGGUUAGUAGUUCAAAGAGUGUUGGUUCUAUCGUCAGCUAUCUUGUAUGAACUGGGCAAAAUCCUUUGGAAUAUGAGUAAUUCUGCACACAGGUGCAGGUGUCAGCUGUCAGGGCUUUGAUCUGCCUGGCGAUGCUCAUUCCCUGUAUGUACCAGCCAGUUCCAGGUGCUCCAGGUAGGGCUGCUGAUAAGGAAUUCUUACCACCACCCCAUGAUUUUGCCUAAGGGUGAGAUCUUAGAGAUUUGUGAUUUUUAUGUCCUGAAGUUGGAAAAAUGAUGUUUUCUUCCCCUACCACUACCAGCAUAGGAGGAAAUUCUUCAACAGCAUGAGGAAGGAAGAGGUCAGCAGCAAAAUAUUCAGGAAACAAUCUUUAUGUUUGAAUCUCUGUACCCUCGAAGUUAUUUCCAACCCUGGACUUCGUUGAUUUGAGUCAAAUUAUUUUACUACGUUAAUUUGACAUUGGUUUUUAUAGACACCAAAAAGCAUCCUAAUACAAGGCUAAAGGAAUUUUGAGAAAAUCCCCUCUGAGGCACAGUUAAGUAACGCAUUAAACCCAACCUGGGACUUUUCAUGAGUUACUUGCCUGUAGUACCUAUUCUAAACAUAACCUGCAGUUGAGUCUCAAUUUCCGUGAGGUAAAAGGGGUGGGAAACUCUAAAACCUAUGAACAAACAGUUGCUUAAGCAGUGAGUGGUUAUUGUAAUAGAAUAUGCAGGUUUUUGGCAAAUUUUGAGGAGCUCUGAUUUUGUAGGCUCUAUAUCAAACCCCUGGGUGGCUGCUAACCAACAGGGAGGUUUGGGUCCACUCAGGUGCCUUGGAAGAAGGGUCUGGUGAUCUUCAAAAUAUGAGCCAUUGGAAAUAGAGCAGAGUUCUGUUCAGACUUAUGUGGGGUUGACACGAAUCAGAAUCAACUCUGCAGCAACUGGUUUAUUUAGAUGUUUAAUAAUCUCUCAAACUGUGUCCAAAAGUAAACAUCUUCCCUCCAGCUGGACUUUUUCUCACACUCCACAUCCAUUAUGGCAAGAAAUCCCUUCUACUUGGGGACAUACAGAAUUCGUGCUGUUUCACAAUCUGUGGUACCACUGCGACAUGAGCCACCAUUUCGCGUGCGAAUACGGCAGAGCCUUCCAGUUGGUCUCCCUGUUCACGUGUUUGUGUUUCUGUUGAGUAUGCUCAACACAAACCAGAGGGAACUGUCAAAAACCAGUUGUAUGGUGUUAUUUCUUACCACCUCUAAUCGUUUUCCACUUACGAAGUCGUUAUGAAGGACCUGGAGCCUAGGAAACUCUAUGGGGCACGUCUGCUGUCACAUGGGAUCACUGAGUAGAAAAUUGACUUGGAGGGCACCUAACAAGAAUUAAGUCUUAUAAGGAUCUGUGCCGUGGCACCUGUGCCCCCUCUGGCUCCAUUUUUCCUUCUCUUCAGCUACAUUAUAUCUUUGUUCUUUGUGAAACAGGCCUUAGAGCCUUUGCACUUCAUGUGUCCUGUCUGCAAUGCUCUUAGCUAACAGAGUGGCUUAUUCUCCCACACCUCCAAAUGUUGCCACCUCAAUAAGGAUUUUCCUAUUUACAACCCUAAUUUAAACUGCACUACUUUUCACUGGCUUUCCCAAUCCUCGUUUCUCUUAAAACAUACUAUAAAACCAAAAGCCAAACCCAAUGCUGUCGAUUUGAUUCCAACUCACAGCGACCCUGUAGGACAGAGUAGAACCGCCCCAUACGGUUUCCAAGGAGUGCCUGGCAGAUUCGAACUGCCGACCCUCUGGUUAGCAGCUGUAGCACUUAACCACUACACCACCAGGGUUCCCAAACAUACUGUAGUAUGUUGUCUCCCCUGACUGGAGUGUUUAAGUUCCAGGAAGGCAGGUAUUUCUGUCAGGGCUUUGAACUGGUUCGUUCCCAAGUGAUGCUAGUGUUGCUGGUUAGGGACCAAUUCUUGAGAAACACUAGUAGAGCAGUGGUUCUUAAAUUUAUUAUACAUAAGAAUCACUUGGGGAUCUUGUUAAAAUGUAGAUUCUGGUUCAGUGUAUCUGGUGGAAAAGCAAAGUCUCAGCAGGGGUUUGAACUGGAACAAACCAGUGUGAAGCCCUGAUUUCUGUUAGGACGGCUGUACUUUGAACAAUGCCUGGCACAUAGUACGCAGGCAUCUAUUGCUGUGAAUAAAUGAAUGUUUUCACAUCAAAGUAUAACAUUUUCUUCUUGAGAUAUGCCUGCUGUACAUAUAUAUCACUGGUGCUGUAAGUUUAGUAUAAAAUGCUUUUUAUAUUUUCAAAUAAAACUAAGGAAAAUGCAAAACAACUUAAAUGUGUUGAAUGUAUUAUUUGGUGUCUUGUGGAGCACAGUGUGUGGAUUAAACUCAAUUACAAUGAAUCAUGAAGAACUAACAGUCAUAAUAUUCCUUUAUUAGUACCAGCUUUUUAAUUUUUUUUGCCAGAGUUAAACAAUUUAAUAUAAAAAAUGCCUUUUUUUGUUCAUAAUGUAUUUGUAAAAAAAAAAGAUAGUGGUUAGUUUUGCAACAAUUUGCUUUUA